CAAACUGCCGUGCAGCUUUGACACCGAGUUAUUGCAACCACUUCUUGUCAUUUAACACUAGGAGCUGAAGGUCACGUUCAACCUCUUCAAAGCCAGCCCUAGAGGGGCCUCGUUGCCUAAACGCCAUCGAACCAGUAAUACUCGACUCGUUUCUCCGGACAUCUCCCCGCAAACUAACACUAUCUCACCCAAACGAUUUGAGGCUACGGUUUGCCGGUGAACCUUUAGUCGUAAAAGCAAGUGUGUACACUCUGCGCUGGACCCCCUUUUCAUGCGAUUGCACAAACCCGUAGUUGGCGCCGGCCCGUUGUAGCACGUAGACAUCACCAAUCACCCGCUUCCUCCACGCCUGCGCCAUGGGCCGGUCAACGAUUCCUCUCGCGCUCAACGAGUUGUCCAACCCCAGCACACCCGAAGCACAAGUCGCCGCGCUACAGAACCUGAAGAAUGAAAUCGUUGGACACGAACAGAGGAAGGAGCUGGCCGUUACACAUGGCGUCGUGAAACCUCUCGCGGGCCUGUUACGGGCGGAGGCGAGGAAAGGUGGGAAGAGGAGAAGAAAUGUCACAAACGGGCAUGGCUCGGGACUCUUCAGUGAGACGAGGAGAAAUCUUGUAGAGUGGACCACAGAGGAUGAGCUGAGGUUUCAGGCCACGCUUGUCGCAGGCAGUCUUGCCAACGGUGGACCAGCGUUUAUUGCUCCGUUGCUCGCAGGCGACAUACUUCCUCCUUUACUAGAGGCGCUGCGCCCAAGUGAGACGCCUUCGAAACUAGUAACCACGACCCUCAAGUCGCUCAACCAGAUCGUCGACGCCGUUGCGCAGGAGAAACCUUGGGUCGAUAUGUCGGAUACAUCGUCGAGAUCAUCACUAGCCUUCGCGGUUAACGAGCAAAUAUACACAAAGCAAGUUAUCGAGAGUCUCGCGGAGAUCCUGGCGCAGGUCGCAGGUACAACGAGAGUCAAUCAGCAAAUAGAGUCGACGGUACGGCUCAUCAUGAAAACUUGUCGAGAGGAUUGUCAGAAGAAGUUGCUGGUCGACGCCGGCAUACUCGAUUUGUUGGCAGAGAAGCUUGCUGCUGUUGCUGCAACCGACGAUUCUCUUCCGGACACGAAGCAGUCGACCCACGAUAAGCUUCCUAGUGCGUGUAUGCCUGAUAUACUAGAGGCUAUUUCGGCCAUCAUUAAGGACUCACACUUCUAUACCGCACGAUUUCUCUACUCGCAGCCAAUACAACAGCUUUUUGGGUGGCCGAAAGAGCGUUCGGCAGCAUACGACGGUCAUAGCUCUUCUUCGCAAUCCAAUACGUGGGACAAAUUGAUACCGCGGGUACAGACAAUGGCGAGCAAAUCGGAUCCGUAUACCAAGUCAUGGCCGGCUCUGGGUGCAUACAACCCCGCGGUUGGCGAGAGCAAUACUCGAUUGCCUAGCAUGGAGUCAUUACAGCAGACCUCGAGCCGAAGUGUCAUCACGGACGAGUCGGAAUCCCCUUUAUUCAUAUGGCUCAUGUACGUGGCGAGGCGGGGCGAGGGCAGAGAACGCUUAGCAGCCUGCUGGCUACUAGCACUAUUGAAGAAGUUUGGCGAGCGAUGGCCGCUGAACGACCCCUCAAAGACAACGCGAGAAAGGCACUUCUCAUAUCUCAUCGUCCCACUUGUCGUCAAGAUGAUUGAGGAUUCAAGCCCAACUUCAGAACAAGCGAAGAGAGCGAACAAUCUAAGUCCUACAGCAAGAGACGAGAUGCGCUUUGUAUUGGAGCGGUCACCGCUUGUUCUUGCGGAGCUCAUCGGCGGUAACAAGCCACUUCAAUCUGCGGCUGUCGACGCUCGAAUCCUCCCGACGCUUGUCCAGAUUCUUAAAAAGUCGUUUGAUAUACCCGCGACAUCUUCGAAACCGCUUUGGCAACCGAGGUCAUCACAUGAAGUCAAGGAUACGACGAUUGAUCCUGCCUCAUCGACGCUGGGCAGACCUGGGCUCAGCGCAGACGUCCUGCAUGCGUUCAAAUAUCGAGAGAGCGUUCUACUGGCGCUAGCAGCGAUAGCGGGUGAUCAGGAUGGAUACAGGAAGCUUGUCAUCGAAAUGGGUGCUGCAACGCAAAUCAUCGAAGCGCUGGUCCCUUAUACUGAGAGCAAUGAGCCAGGCGCACCAUCGACAAUAAAGGAUGGAAAUCCUGACACGGUACUUAUCGCUGCCUGCAAGGUCACGCGCUCACUAUCGAGAUCGGUCAGUGUGCUCAGGACAAGUCUUAUCGAUCAUGGCGUGGCCCAGCCGGUCUUCGACCUCCUGACGCAUCCAAGCGUCAAGGUGCAAAUUGCGGCUACAGAGGUGAUCACCAAUCUAGUGCUGGAAGUUUCACCUAUGCGAACUGAAAUCCUCGAAUCUGGAGUUCUCAAAACGCUUUGCGAACAAUGCCGGUCAGCCAACUUUGACCUCCGUUUUGGGAGCCUCUGGGCUUUGAAGCACCUAUGUCUUGGCUUACCACAGAUGAUGAAAAUGCAAUGUCUAGAAGAGCUGGGUGUAGGUUGGCUUGUGCAAGUGCUGAACGGUGAGCCGAGUAAACCUACCAUGGCUACUCCAAAUGCAGCAGGCGAGCAAGUCGACAUUCUGAAUGCGGUUGAUGAGCCUCACAUGGAUGUCGAUGACGAACUUUCGUCCGAAGAAGAUGAAGACGCCAUGACCGAAAGCAUACCUUCGUUGCGCCGGCAUCAGCGCCCAGGAUCUAGAUACACCAGCGCCACGAAUAUCCGAGAUCGUCUACAGCAAAUCAAAAACGAUGAGCAGGACACGAGACUCAACGGCGAACGCGAUGACAUACGCAUCCAAGAGCAGGCUCUGGACUUUAUCCGAAAUUUUGUAUCAGAAGACAAGGCCUCGGGCGAGAUGAUUGACCAUUUGCUCAAAACCUUCGGGCAUAGCCGUUUCUUCGAAAUUCUAGACGCGAAAGUCCGUCCUAAGAACAUAUCCUCGUCAACAUCAACGGCACAAACCCAGCCCAGUCCUGGUACAACAAGCUUCUGGCCGAACUCCAACCAACGACUAUCCUUCCCCUCCUCCACACCAACCCCAAGCCAACAACCGAAUUGGUCCCUUUACCCCGCCACCGAACUCAUCUUGGCCACAGUCUUCAUCCUUGUGCACCUCGCCAACGGCCGUCCCGCUCACCGCUCUCUCCUCAUCUCCCAAACCGCACUCAUGCAACAUGUCCUUCCACUCUUCGUGCACCCGCGCCGCGAAAUUCGAGUAGCGUGCGCCUGGGUGAUCCACAACCUUGUGUGGGUAGAAGAUCAUACAGAUGAACCUGCUACCCGCGAAAGGAUACAGACUCUGAGGCAACUGGGUUAUGAAGACGGUGCGAAACUACUGGGACGCGAUAUGGAUUUGGAUAUCAGGGAGAGGGCGAAGACGUCAAUUGAACAGUUUGCAAAGUUUGGCGGUGACCAAGGAAGAGGCGGUUAUGGCAAUCCAGCACAAGGCUUCGGGGGUGCAGAAAGCGGUAUGGGCGGCCUAGCGGGCAUGGGCGGGAGGUUUGGUGGAUUGCAUGGGGGGUGGAGACAAGAGAGGGGUUGAGCACCACGUUUCAAUGUAUGGAUGCAUGGCGAAAGCCGAUGCACGGUUCCUCAUUUCUUUGGUAUGUAUGAUGUACAGUAGAAGGUUACGAAUUUAUAACAUCUUUACGAUAUGAGGGGGAAGUCACACUAUCUUUUUGGUUUGGUAUGAAGAAUGUACUGUUAGAUGGAAGUUUGUAGUUUACUUCCAUAAAUUCUACAAGUAUCUCACAAAACUUGGC